GAUCCCCCGCCUGCUGCUCGCGCCGCCUCCCGCCGGCUCCUGCGCCGCGCUGCGCCCGCCGCUCCUCUGCCGCCGCGUCCGCUGCAGGCUCGGGCUCGGGCUCCGCGGAGCAGCAGCCAUGGCGGACAUGAAGUCGGGCAUCUUCGCCAAGAACGUGCAGAAGCGGCUCAACCGGGCGCAGGAGAAGGUGCUACAAAAGCUAGGGAAAGCGGAUGAAACAAAAGAUGAACAGUUUGAGGAAUAUGUUCAAAACUUCAAACGGCAAGAGGCGGAGGGUUCCAGACUCCAGAGAGAACUACGAGGAUAUUUAGCUGCUAUCAAAGGCAUGCAGGAGGCCUCUAAGAAACUUACUGAGUCCCUUCAUGAAGUAUAUGAGCCAGAGUGGUAUGGCCGGGAAGAUGUGAAAAUGAUCGGAGAGAAAUGUGAUGAACUCUGGGAAGACUUUCAUCAAAAGUUGGUGGAUGGGUCAUUGCUGACUCUGGAUACAUACCUGGGACAGUUUCCCGAUAUAAAAACUCGCAUUGCAAAGCGAAGCAGAAAGCUAGUUGACUACGACAGUGCAAGACAUCACUUAGAAGCCUUGCAGAGCUCAAAGAAAAAAGAUGAAAGCAGAAUUACUAAGGCAGAGGAAGAGUUUCAAAAAGCACAGAAAGUGUUUGAAGAUUUUAACUCUGAUUUACAAGAGGAGCUGCCAUCUUUAUGGUCAAGACGAGUUGGCUUCUAUGUGAACACAUUCAAAAAUGUAUCCAGCCUUGAAGCCAAAUUUCACAAGGAAAUAGCUCUGCUAUGCCACAAAUUGUAUGAGGUGAUGACCAAGUUGGGAGAUCAGCAUGCAGACAAGGCCUUCACUAUCCAAGGAGCACCCAGCGACUCAGGUCCACUCCGCAUUGCAAAAACACCAUCACCGCCUGAGGAAGUCUCACCUCUUCCUAGUCCUACAGCUAGUCCUAAUCAUAUGCUGGCACCUGUUUCAUCACCAGCACCUGCCCGACCUAAAUCACCUUCACAGUUGAGGAAAGGACCUCCUGUCCCACCGCUGCCUAAACUCACACCCACAAAGGAGCUGCAGCAAGAGAAUAUCAUCAACUUCUUUGAUGACAACUUUGUUCCAGAAAUCAAUGUGACGACUCCUUCACAGAAUGAAGUUCCUGAAGCCAAGAAAGAGGAAUCUUUGCUAGAUCUGGAUUUUGAUCCUUUCAAGCCAGAAGUGAUAUCGGCGGUACCAACACAUUCCCCCAUGUCUCAGACGUUGCCCUGGGACCUGUGGACGACAAGCAGUGAACUGGUGCAACCGCCUGAUUCUUCAAAAAGUCUUUCCCUGUGUAACCUGGUCAUGGAGGAAAGCCCAAACAGUGGGUCAACAGAAGAUAUUAACCGAUCCCAAACUGAUCUAGGUUCACUCAACUGGGGCCUAGAUGUUAGCACGCCCAGUGUCAGCCAGGAAAUCACUUCAGGUGGUUCUUUCUCUUUCCCAGAGGAGGAAGAGACUUCAAGAGAACCCAUUGACACACUAUCUACUACUGUUUGGCCUGCUGUAAGUGAGCAGGAGAAUGAUGAAGCAGGGUCAGCCUCCAUAGAAGAAAAUGAGAGGACUUCACUGGAGGCACUGUUGGAUACUAGAAAUGUCACAUCGAAAGAUUUGGAAAUUGAUCAACCUUUAGAGAGCAAAAAUGGUUUUGAAAUACCUGAUGUGGGAACUGAUAGCUUGUUGGAUGAAUGUGACUGUGAUGUGCAAGAGACAGAGGAUCAGAAGCAGGAAGAAGAAGAAGAGUCUAUGUGGGCAGGUGUGGAGCCAAGUGAAAAGGCAUCCAGCAGCGCAUUUAAUGGAUUUACACAGGAUACGUCUCUAUUUGCAAUGCAGCCAAAUGAGAAUGUGAUAGAUUCCUUGGUUGAGACGGAAGAAGCUCCAGCUGUAGAACCCAAGGCUGUGGAACCCAAGGCUGACGAAGCCCCAGCUCCUCCUGCUGCUGCCAUUCCUCCUGAAAAGGAAGCUGCCCCUGCUGAGCCUACUGAGCCAGCAGAGGAGGCUGUGGACAAUGUUGAGGCAGGAGAUAAGGAGACAACUGAAAUUGCUGAGAAAGAGAAAGAGAGUGAGAUGGUUACUCUCACCAAGAUUUCUGGCCUGGCUGAAGAAGCUGGUAUAACUGUUGUAACAGAAGCUGACGAAGGUGUUGUUGCACCUGAACCUGAAAUGGCUGAUGAAGGUGACAAAAAACCUCAUGAAGAAGAAGAAGAAGAAAAGGAAGCAGAAGUCUCUCAAGAAAAAGUCAGCAGCAUCCCUUCAGUAGUAAUAGAGCCAGCAUCAAACAAUGAAGGGGAGGGAGAAGAACAUGAAGUCAUAAUGAAUGAGUCCAAAGAUGUUGUGGAAGACAUUAGCACUCAGGGCACUGAAAGUCAUACUAGUGAAACUUCUGAAGUUGUAAGUGAGCAGAAAACCAUUGAGGAAACCCAGGCAACACCUUCUCCAGCAUUACCUGUAUCAGUAGAGGAUGCAGCCAGUGGAAUGCCACCUGGAUUUCUCUUUAAGGUUGAAGCUUUACAUGAUUUUGAGGCAGCUAAUAAUGAUGAGCUUAAUUUAAAACGAGGAGACGUAGUACUAGUAAUCUCUUCUGACACCACAGCUGACCAGGAGGCUGGCUGGCUGACAGGCAUUAAAGAAUCUGACUGGCUUCAGUGCAAAGAUGCAAAUACCUACAAGGGACUCUUCCCAGAGAACUUCACCCGCCGCCUGGAGUAGUUCUCAUCUCAGGAUAAGAGUGUUGUAGGAAGCUCAGCCAGUAGGUUUUAACCUCUGUGAAACACAGGAGCCCACUUUAGUAGUUAUUCUGUUAAUGGUUUACAGACUGGUGCCAGACAAAUGUUGGUGAAACAUAUCAAAUGAGCAUGAAUGCAAACAGUUAAGCUAGCAACUUCUGAAGCAGUACAUGAAAAAAAAUUAAAAAGAAAUGUCCUUAUUUGUUCACAUGUACGUGGCAACAGGUUUGUUUGUGCUUUGUCGGAGCUAUGGUGAAUCCUGUAUUUGAUCCUUUCCCAUGAAAUCUGAAAUUAGCCUCCUCAAUACCAGAACCUUAACUUCUCUGCACUAAGUGUAUUGUAUUGAGUUGCACUGCAGAAAAUUUUAUUAGUAAUCCUGUAGUACUGAGGUCAAACUAUUAUAAGUUUCAUGUGUUUAAAAUAAAUGAACUGCUGCAAAGUUUUUCAAUAUUCUUUUCAAACAUAGGGCCUUGUUACACGUUUAUUUUGGGGCAGCUCCUAGACCUCUUAACCCCUGGAUUAUCUGCAUGUUAACACCUUUAAGUGGCUUAAAGCACUCACACUGUGGCUCAAAGUUACACCAUUCCAGGACAGGAUGAUCUCUUGAUCCGCAUAACCCAGCUCCUGUUCUGUUAAGGUGUGGCCACUCCCCACAGAUGUGCCGCUCAAGUUGAAGUUGUGACUUCCAUCAUUUUUCUGUCCUUGUGUGACAAGGUAUUUAUCAGAGUUUGCAGAUUUUGUUGCAAUCUGACAGGGCCACGCCGUGAGCACUUCUGCUGUGGCCUCGAACUUGCGAUCUUUAGGCUGUCAGCUGUGCGCUGAAGGUGUGACUUCAAGCUAGCACUAAGCCGAUCAACAUUUGUGCAGCUCACAGUGUAGCAUGUAACAAGGCCCAUACACACACACACACACAUGCAUAUAUGUGUAUAAAUAAAUGCAUACAAAUAUAUAUGCAUUUACACGUUAUCCUUCAUUGUAGUUCUUUGACUCUGUAGUAUCAUCGAGACAUGCAUUGCUCUUACUCUGUCUGGCAUUACAGUAAAUAGUUUUGUUCCAAAACAAAACUAGCUGCUCCAUUGCCAAAACAUUAUACAGUAUCUGUGUUUGUAAUGUGCAAUUUUCAUUCUGAGAUGAUGAACAACAGUUAUAAAGAUCAUGUUCAAAGCUGCUAACCCAUUGGGAUGGCAUGGCUCAGUCUCCUCUUUUUUCCAGCUGCACUAGUUAGAGAUGAGAUAGUCUGGAGGAAGUGGUUAAAAUGCUGAUCUCUAAUUUUUUAUUUAAUUGGCUGCAUAAUAAAAACAAAACUAAUAUCUGAAAAGAAAUAAAUACAAUAUAUUUUCACCAUAUGUAUUUAUGCAGCAUACCUUCACAGAUCCUUUUAAAAUAAGAUAUAUUACGUAUCCUGUAUCAAAAAGUCAUCUGUAACUAUUAUGUUUUUCAGUGUUGUGUCAUCCAAAAUAAACCUUUGAUCCAAAAAAAAA